CAUACAUAAGCCACACCCAAACACGAACACACCAAGAGAGCGAGAGCAAUGGGGAAGGAGGAGGAGGAGGAGGAGAAAAGUAGGACCAUUCGUUCAUGCUACCGUGAAAUCGAAAACCGCAUCAAGGAGAACAAAGAUGAAAUAGCAAAUGCGACAUCGAAUAAGUUCAUCUCCAUAAUGAACCAAGUAGAAACCAUCCAUACACAAGUAACAAAGCCGCGAGAGCAGGUAGCUGAUGCAGAGGCCUUGAUAGGCCUGACCAACAUAUUAAUGGACUCUGUUAGAUCACAUACUGCAGUAUGUGUUACCCCACCGGAGUUUGUUUCUUGCUUGAUCAAACAAUUCGGGCUGCUGAAAAGGCAAAAUGUGCUCUCAGAUAACUCUUAUAAUGUCUCGUGGCUAGAUAUUGGCUCUUGCAUUUCUCCUAUUUUCAUGAGUGGUUCCGGCUGCAGGACAAUGAACGGACCUAUGCUAACUGUGCUCAAGCAACGGAAGCCAGUUGUUCGUGCAAAACGAGCCAGAUCAUUGAAGAGAACGCAUCCAGAAGAGUUCAAGAUUGCUGUAGAUUUGAUGUCAGACACUGAUCGAAACAUUCAUGCGAUGUUUGAUGUUUUGAAGAGAAGGAAAAAAGUUGGAGUUGAAAGCCUCAUCUUAAACAGGGAUUCAUUUUCACAGACUAUUGAGAACUUGUUUGCAAUGUUGUUCUUAGUAAAAGACGGUAGAGUUCAUAUAUAUGUAGACGAGACUGGUGCUAGAGUCGUCGCUCCAAGAAAUGGUCCAAGCGCAGAAGAAAUCAGGACUGGAGUAGCUGCAAACCACCAGUUCAUAUUCAGACUUGACUUCAAUGACUGGGAGGCGAUGAAGGAACACGUGCCAUACGAAGAAGUGAUGCCACAAAGGUAUACAUUGGGCAUCAGUUCAUGUUCUGCUAAAUUGAAUGAUGAAGAUGGUAUUGGCAUACCACAAGGGAUUCCAAUUGAUACCCAGACCCAGUUUGUUUGCACGGUUUAGAAGCAUUCAAGCAACCAUAUAUGGCCAUACCAUGCUGUGAUCAUCACUUGCAAAUUGAAGAUUUUGCUGCCAGCAACUUUUGUUAUGUAUUUAGUUUUUUUGUCUCAACUCUCAAGUGGUGAAUUAUGUACAUAGCCUCUGGCCUGAUGUUGAAACUGCUUGCUAAU